AUGCCAUUGACGGCGUCCACUAUUCGAAGCGCCACGAGAAUGUCCUCUACCUCAACAGCUCGCCUUGCUCAAGUUCAACGGCAUUUCUCAAGCACACCUGUCCCACGAAAAGAGAUUCAAGAUGCUUACAUCCUCAGUGCCGCUCGUACACCAACAGCAAAAUUCAACGGCUCUUUCAUGACAGUCUCUGCACCACAAUUAGGCGCGGUAGCCAUAAAAUCCGCCCUAGAAAAGUCCAAAGUCCCCAUCGAGAAGAUCACAGACCUCUACAUGGGCAACGUCCUGCAGGGGAAUGUAGGUCAAGCACCAGCCAGACAGGCAAGCAUAUUCGCAGGUCUUCCUCCAACCGUGGAAUGUGUAACGAUAAACAAAGUCUGCGCUUCGGGACUCAAGGCAGUGGCUUUUGCAGCACAGAAUAUUCAGUUGGGUGUUGCAGAAGCUCAAAUUGCUGGUGGAAUGGAAAGCAUGUCUCGUGUACCUUACUAUCUACCACGAGCCGCACAGAAUCCAGCUUUCGGACACAUGAAGAUUGAGGAUGGUUUGAUAAAAGAUGGACUCUGGGAUGUUUACAACCAAUUUCACAUGGGCAAUUGUGCAGAGAAGACCGCAAAAGAUUACAAUGUGACCAGACAAGAACAGGACAAAUAUGCCAUACGCUCAUUCAAACGAGCUCAGCAGGCUUGGGCAGAGGGUAAAUUCUCCGAAGAAGUUGCUCCGGUCACAGUCAAGAGCAAGAAGGGAGAGACUGUCAUCUCCAAGGACGAAGGAUUCGAGAAUCUGAGAGAAGACAAAGUCAGCACACUGAAACCUGCUUUCGUCUCAGACGGUACAGGUACAGUAACAGCAGCAAAUUCCAGCACUUUCAAUGAUGGUGCAAGUGCACUGGUUCUGGGCUCAAAAGCGAUUGCUCAACAGUACGGAAGCGGUAGUCGUGUGCUUGCAAAGAUUAUCUCUCAGGCUGACGCGGCCGUUGACCCUGUUGACUUUCCCAUCGCACCCGCCAAAGCUGUGCCUAUUGCACUAGAACGUGCAGGAUUAAAGAAGGAAGAUAUCGCCAUCUGGGAGUUCAAUGAAGCCUUUGCAGCAGUCAUCGAAGCCAACGCUCGUAUUCUGGGCCUCGAGAAUGCUAAUGUGAAUUUACUUGGUGGCGCGAUCAGUCUGGGUCAUGCUUUAGGAAGUUCUGGCUCGAGGAUACUGACGACUCUGCUACAUCAACUGAAGCCUGGCGAGUAUGGCUGUGCAGCGAUAUGUAACGGUGGUGGUGCUGCGACUGCUAUGAUUGUGCAAAGGAUUGAGUCUGUGUAG